CGGGCUGUACAAAAUAUGUGUACAUAUAUAUACACAAAACAUUAUUGUGAUGACUUUUAUUGCUUUAGAUUUUGGGUUCUGGCUGUAUAGUUUUUCAGAAUGGGUGAAGAUAACCAAAAGAGCAAGGCCCCUCAAUAUCAGAAGGUGGGUGAAUCAACAACCUCCAUCAUUCCUAGAGCUAAUGCAAUUAUUUCAACCCGAGCCACCAGAGAAUAAGGUAUGGCCGUCAUUAGUGGGUUUGACAGCAGAAGAGGCAGAGAAGAAGAUAAAGGAAGAAAUGCCAGAGGUUUAUGUUACAGUGGUUCCUCCUAAUCAUGCCAUAACUUUUGAUCUUCGAUUUAACCGUGUUUGGCUAUUCGUUGAUUCUUCUGGCAAAGUUAGACAAACACCUUCUAUUGGUUAAGAGCUCAGAUUUGUUUGGAGUGACUUUUCAAAUAUUUAAGAAUGCUUCUUUUGUAACAAUAACCAGUUAAGAACUCUUUUUUCUUUUUAGUAACUUUUAGUAUUUGGAAAGUAUUAUUCCAAACAGGCUGUUAGGUUAAGAUCAUUUCUGUGCAUGCACUGCUAAGAAGCUAUUCAACUCAAAUUAUGUUUUUAGCUGUUAAUUCAGUACUCCAUCUAAAUUUUGAAGUUUUUUCUUAAAACCACACAUUUACAUGUGCAGUAAAAAUAACCCUCUUCUAUCA